AUGAGUUUUUUUGGUAGUCUCGGUAAAAAAGCUGUUGAGAAAGCAUAUGAUCUUGCAUCUAAAGUUGAAGGUGGUCGUGAUUAUCUUACUACAGCUGCAAAUACAGUCAAUUCAUUAGUUAAAGGCAAAGACCCACGUGUUUAUUUAAAACCUGGCAAUGUUAUACAAUUUCUUUCUCGAUCAUCAGGUCGUACAAUACAAAUUGUUGUUUCUAAAACAUCAAAUGAAUUAAUAUGUGAUGCAAUAGGUGGUACGGGUUCAUAUUAUCCAAAUGCACAUUGGCUUGUUGUUUGUACAUCAAAUGGUCGUUAUUGUUUUCAUAAUAAUUAUAAUUAUCUUGCUAUUAAUAAUGGUAAAAUUAUUAUUAUUCCAUCAACAAGCAAUGAAAAAGCUCCAACUGAAGCCGAAUUUCGUGCACAAGAUGUUUUAGGUUCAGCUCAAGCUAUUUAUCUCGAAUCUGUACAUAUGCCGGGAUAUUUCGUUAAUUUUAAUGAUGCUGGUGAACCGUCUGAAGAUAUUAAAUUAAAAACAAAAGAAAAAUUUGGUCAAUUUGAAAUUCAACUUAUUGCUUAUGGACCUGGUAUUCAACCGGAAAAGGACGAUCAAAGUAUUGAAAAAUCUGAUGAAUUAGCACCUCCACCGUAUUGGGCAGCCGCUGCUAGCGCAUCGAAUAAUCCAUCUCAUACAGAAUCUAAUCCAACAUCAUCCUGA